AUGGCGAAGAGCAACGAAGAACCUAAUUCGAAUCUGAAUACUAACAAACCACCGUUGAAGAGAACAAAAACACUCGCACAGCAACCUUCUCUCAAUCUCAGAGUCUCUAUCGCCGCCGAUAAUGGAAUCGGAAAUUCAUCUUCAUCUUCAACCAAAACCGAUUUCGAACAACAACAAUGGAACUACCCUUCUUUUCUUGGCAUUGGCUCCACCUCCAGAAAAAGAAGACCGCCACCUCCUCCCAAACCUUCCAACCUUACGCCCAACCUAAAACCUCCCGCCUCCGACUUCCAUACCAAACCUCACUCCGAACCUAAAACCUCUUCCUCUUCCUCUUCGCCACCUUCUCUCCCCAUCGCCAUCACCAAACAACAACAACGACAACAACAACAACAACAACAACAACACUCUAUCUCCUCUCCAAUUUUCUAUCUCUUCAUUCUCACAUGUGUUAUUUUUGUGCCCUAUUCAGCUUAUCUACAAUACAAGCUUGCCAAACUCAAGGAUAUGAAACUUCAACUUUGUUGUCAAAUUGAUUUUUGUUCUGGGAAUGGAAAAACAUCUUUACAAAAAGAUGUUGUUGAUGAUGGUUCCUUUUCUUAUUACAUUCUAAAUGCAGAUAGUAGAACAAUUUCUUUGUAUAUUGUGCUUUUCACACUUGUUUUGCCUUUUGUAUUGUACAAAUAUAUUGAUUAUCUUCCUCAAAUGAUUAAUUUCUUGAGGAGAACAAAUAGUAAUGAAGAGGAUGUACCAUUAAAGAAGAGAGUUGCUUAUAUGGUGGAUGUGUUUUUCUCCAUAUAUCCUUAUGCAAAGCUGCUUGCACUUCUUUUUGCAACUCUCUUUCUUAUAGCAUUUGGUGGUUUAGCGUUGUAUGCGGUUACUGGCGGUAGCAUGGCUGAAGCACUUUGGCAUUCAUGGACUUAUGUAGCUGACGCAGGAAAUCAUGCUGAAACGGAAGGAAUGGGCCAGAGAAUCGUCUCUGUCUCAAUUAGCGCAGGUGGCAUGCUUAUAUUUGCCAUGAUGCUUGGGCUUGUUUCGGAUGCUAUAUCGGAGAAGGUUGAUUCACUUAGAAAAGGGAAGAGUGAAGUGAUCGAAAGAAACCAUGUACUCAUCCUUGGGUGGAGUGACAAAUUGGGCUCACUUUUGAAACAGCUAGCAAUAGCAAAUAAGAGUGUUGGUGGUGGUGUUAUUGUGGUGCUUGCUGAAAAGGAAAAGGAAGAAAUGGAAAUGGAUAUAGCCAAGCUAGAAUUCGAUUUUAUGGGGACGUCUGUAAUAUGUAGAAGUGGCAGUCCACUUAUACUGGCUGACUUAAAGAAGGUUUCAGUCUCAAAGGCACGAGCAAUCAUUGUUUUAGCUUCAGACGAAAAUGCAGAUCAGAGUGAUGCACGUGCUUUAAGAGUUGUUCUUAGCUUAACUGGUGUAAAGGAGGGCUUAAGGGGGCAUGUUGUUGUGGAGAUGAGUGACCUUGACAAUGAACCCCUAGUGAAACUUGUUGGUGGGGAACUCAUUGAAACAGUUGUUGCACAUGAUGUAAUUGGACGUUUGAUGAUUCAAUGUGCUCUGCAGCCUGGCCUUGCACAGAUAUGGGAGGACAUUCUGGGAUUUGAGAAUGCUGAAUUUUACAUAAAAAGAUGGCCUGAAUUGGAUGGUCUUCUUUUCAAAGACAUAUUAAUUUCAUUUCCUGAUGCAAUACCCUGUGGCGUUAAGGUUUCUGCAGAUGGAGGGAAGAUUGUCAUGAAUCCAGAUGAUAAUUAUGUUCUGAGAGAUGGUGAUGAAGUCCUUGUCAUAGCUGAGGAUGACGACACCUAUGCUCCAGGCCCUCUGCCAGAGGUACGCAAGGGCUAUUUCCCCAGGAUACGUGACCCUCCUAAAUAUCCAGAGAAAAUAUUAUUUUGUGGAUGGCGCCGUGACAUUGAUGAUAUGAUCAUGGUUUUAGAAGCAUUCUUGGCCCCUGGUUCAGAACUCUGGAUGUUCAAUGAGGUUCCUGAAAAGGCAAGAGAGAGGAAACUCGCUGCUGGCGAACUUGACGUUUUUGGGCUAGAGAACAUAAAGCUUGUCCACAGGGAGGGAAAUGCUGUCAUUAGGCGGCAUCUGGAGAGUCUUCCAUUGGAGACUUUUGAUUCUAUCCUUAUUCUUGCAGAUGAGUCAGUGGAGGACUCUGUUGCUCAUUCCGACUCAAGAUCCCUAGCUACCCUUCUGCUCAUUCGUGAUAUACAGUCGAGACGUCUACCAUACAGUGACACAAAGUCAACUUCUUUGAGGUUAUCCGGGUUCUCUCACAACUCAUGGAUACGCGAAAUGCAGCAAGCUUCAGAUAAAUCAAUUAUAAUUAGUGAAAUUUUGGAUUCUAGAACUAGAAAUCUAGUUUCUGUGUCCAGAAUCAGUGAUUAUGUAUUAUCUAAUGAGCUGGUUAGCAUGGCACUAGCUAUGGUGGCUGAAGACAAGCAAAUCAACCGUGUUCUUGAGGAAUUAUUUGCAGAGGAGGGGAACGAGAUGUGUAUUAAACCUGCAGAGUUCUAUUUAUUUGAUCAAGAAGAGCUGUGUUUUUAUGAUAUAAUGAUUAGGGGUCGUACAAGAAAGGAAAUUGUUAUAGGAUAUCGCCUGUCCAGCCAAGAACGUGCUAUUAUCAACCCUUCAGAAAAAUCAGUGACAAGAAAAUGGUCACUUGAUGAUGUUUUUGUUGUUAUUGCCUCAGGAGAAUGA